AUCUCCUCACACAGGCAUUUUAUCAGCUCACAUCACCACAAGAGAAGAAUGGCCUAGUUUCCCCAGCAGAAGAGUAAUCAAAUGAACAACCAUAUACUAUAGAGAAGAAAAAGAAUUACCCUGGAUAAUGGAAAGAAGAUUCACUCAUAGAGUGGGUAAAAUGAGAUUCAGGUACCUCCGCCUUGAAGGGGCUCUUUUAUUGAGAAUCGAUGUCUUCUUCUGGGUAAUCGAUCACCGUAGACCCAGGGACACUUGACUCAUCAUUGAGGAAGAGUAAUCGUCAUGAAUAAUCAAAAAGCGGUAGCUACCCUACUGCAAGAGUGCAAGCAAGUGCUGGAGCAGCUCCUGUUGGAGGCGUCAGAUGUGUCGGAGGAGGCCAAGAGCGAGGACCAGCAGUGCAGAGCUUCACUCCCCGGCGACUUGAGGACCCUGAUCCAGGAGGCAAAGGAAAUGAAGUGGCCCUUCGUGCCUGAAAAGUGGCAGUACAAACAAGCCGUGGGCCCAGAGGACAAAACAAACCUGCAGGAUGUGAUUGGCGCCGGGUUGCAGCAGUUACUGGCGUCCCUGAAAGCCUCCAUCCUCGCCCGCGACUGUGCCACCGCCGCUGCCAUCGUGUUCUUAAGCGACCGCUUCCUGUACGGGCUCGACGUCUCGGGCGAACUCCUGCAGGUCGCCAAGGGGCUCCACAAGCUGCGGCCGGCAACUCCCAUUGCCCCGCAGGUGGUCAUUCGCCAGGCCCGACUCUCGGUCAACUCAGGGAAACUUCUAAAAGCAGAAUAUAUCCUGAGCAGUCUAAUAAGCAACAACGGAGCGACGGGUACCUGGCUGUACAGAAAUGAAAGCGACAAGGUCCUGGUGCAGUCAGUCUGCAUACAGAUCAGAGGGCAAAUUCUGCAAAAGCUAGGGAUGUGGUAUGAAGCAGCAGAGCUAAUCUGGACCUCCAUCAUAGGAUAUCUGACACUUCCCCAGCCAGAUAGAAAGGGUAUUUCCACAUCACUAGGUAUACUGGCAGACAUCUUUGUUUCCAUGAGCAAAAACGAUUAUGAGAAGUUUAAAAACAAUCCGCAGAUUAACUUGGGUUUGCUGAAGGAGUUUGACCACCAUUUGCUCUCAGCUGCAGAAGCCUGCAAACUGGCCACUGCCUUCAGUCCCUACACACCCCUCUUUGUGCUCUCAGCAGUGAACAUCCGUGGCACAUGCUUAUUGUCCUAUAGUAGUUCUGAUGACUGUCCUCCAGAAAUGAAAAAUUCAUAUCUGUAUGAAGCCAAAGAGGCCUUCGAAAUUGGCCUCCUCACUAAGAGAUAUGACGAACCAGCCACUGGAAAACAAGAGCUUCAUAGUCUUCUCAAAGCUGCUUUCGGCCUGACCACAGUGCACCAAAGACUCUACGGGGAGAACGAGAUGGUCCGCGUAGCCAGUCAGCUCUGUAAUGAAGCUAUGGGAAAGCUGUACAGUUUCAGUACUUCCUCUGGAAGUCAGGAGAGAGAAGCUCUCUCUCAGCAGAUCUUGUCUAUUAUAACCCAGGUGAAGGAUCGUUUACAAAUUCAAGGCUUCUUAAAUUUAGAUGACAAGUCUUAUGUUCCAGAGAGUUUCAAGCAUGGGUUGGAUAAACCCAUCUUGCAUGGGCAUGUGGAUUUCCAAAAAAUUCUUGGAGCCUAUUCACAGCACCACACUUCAGUGUGUGAAGUAUUUGAAAGCUCUUGUGGAAACAACAAAAAUCAACAGAAAGAUGCAAAAACCAAAGUCUGUAUCACUACUCUAAAAACGGAGACGAAAAACGUAGAUACUGUGAGUACUACUGAAGACAAAUCACAUUUUCAAAAAGCCAUGGUAAUAUCGUCCUCCCGAAUGGCUAAGAAUAGUCAGGAGACACUCAGGAGGAUAAGAGGGAAAACCUGGACCCAUUCUGAUGCAUUUCAAGUCUCCUUGGAUCAAGAUGUAGAGGCUGAGGUUGAGUCACCAGACCACAGUUAUGGUGAAGGAGCUGUUUUGGACAAGUCUCUGAGUGACGGCCAUUGCUCUAGUUGUUGGAGCAAGUUAUCAGGGGCUAGUUCUUCUACAAGCUGGGAGGAAGUGAAUUAUAUAGAUGAUAGGCCAACCAGAAAAGAGCCUUGCAAAGAAGAACGUCUUGUGGAUACUCAGUGUUCCACUGCCCUGUCUGAAGAGCUAGAGAUCAAUGAGGAAAGAAGAGCUGUACAUCAACUGUCUUCAGAACUUCAUGGUCUCCCUCUCCAAGUGUCCAAGGAUGACAGUUUAGAGUCUUCUCAAAGUCAGCAACACAAACACAUGCCCUUGACAACCUUCUGUCCUCAUAACACAACAGCCAUAUUCUUGGCCUCUGGUGCAGGGCUGUUAGAAGGAGCUCCAGAACGUGUGCAGAAAGUCAGAAACAUGGGAUCCAGAAACACUUCUGCUCAUUCCAGUCCCUCGGUUGGUUCUGCUUCUUUGUCCUCUUCUGAUUCUGGUCCACCCAAGAACAUAGCCACAUACCCUUUGGUCCGAGAAGAAAGCUUUGAACUAACUGAACUUCCAGAAAUCAACUGCGAUGAUGAAGACAGGCAUGGGGAAGAAAUCAAAAGAGGCACAGGCCUUACAUUCAAAGAUAGCUCCUCCUGGAUUGACCCAGAAGGAGAAACAGAGGAAAAAGAGGAGGAUACACCCUUACACUCUCACAUAGCCGUGGAGUUGUCUCUGGGCAAAAGUUCUGUGACAGCAUGUAGCUCUUCCACUCUUCAUUGGCCUGUGCAAAAUCCUGACUCAGAAAAGAGUGGCGGCUCAGUCAAAGAGCAGGACAUUGACCCUGAUGCCUCCACAGUGGAUGAGGAGGGCCAGCUGCUGGACAGCACAGACGUUCACCCCACCAGGGGGUGUGGCUCUUCUAGCCUAUUUGCUCUGAGGCAGCCGCGUGAUCAGGGGGCUGAGACCCCCGGUCCAUCUGUAAGCAGUAACAUUGCCUUCCCUGAUUUUAGCAAGGACUGCACUACCACAGAGGAAGGAAACAAACCAGGAAACACACUAAACUGCAGCCAGAACUCCAGCUCAUCCUCUCCAUGGUGGUUGAAAUCACCUGCAUUUUCCAGCGGUUCUUCUGAGAGGGAAACCUCAUGGUCCUUUCUGAAUUCCAGUGGAAGUUCUUUUGUUUCAUUGCCAGGAAUGAUAAGGCAAGAGAUCCUAGAGGCUCGAACCCUACACCCUGAUGAUUUUGAAAAACUCUUGGCAGGGGUGAGGCAUGAGUGGCUGUUACAGAGACUGGAGAAUACAGGAGUUUUUAAGCCCAAUCAACUCCACCAAGCACACAAUGCUCUUUUAUUAAAAUACUCUAAAAAAUCAGAACUAUGGACAGCCCAAGAAACUGUUGUAUAUUUGGGGGACUACCUGAAUGUGAAGAAGAAAGGCAGACAAAGAAAUGCUUUUUGGGUUCAUUAUCUUCAUCAGGAAGAAACUCUGGGGAGAUAUGUUGGGAAAGAAUAUAAGGAGCAGAAGGGGCUCUGGCACCACUUCACUGAUGUGGAACGGCAAAUGACCGCACAGCACUACGUGACGGAAUUUAACAAGAGACUUUACGAACAAAAGAUUCCAACACAGAUAUUCUAUAUCCCAUCCACAUUAUUACUGAUUUUGGAAGGCAAGACAAUAAAGGGAUGUAUCAGUGUGGAACCUUACAUACUGGGAGAAUUUGUGAAGUUAUCAAAUAACGCAAAAGUGGUUAAAACAGAAUACAAAGCCACAGAAUAUGGAUUGGCUUAUGGCCAUUUUUCCUAUGAGUUUUCUAAUCAUAGAGAUGUUGUAGUUGAUUUACAAGGUUGGGUGACUGGGAAUGGAAAAGGGCUCAUCUAUCUGACAGAUCCCCAGAUUCACUCUGUUGAUCAGAAUGAUGUCACAACCAAUUUUGGAAAGAAAGGAAUUUUUUACUUUUUUAAUCACCAGCAUGUGAAAUGUAAUGAAAUAUGCCAUCGUCUUUCUCUGACAAGACCUUCAGUUGAGAAACCAAAUAAUUCAUAGACUCUCUGGCAUGGUAAUGGGAUAGGCUUAGUGCUCCUUACAUGUGUGGGGUCCUGCCCUCUUUCCAGGCACACACAGUAUGGCACAGCCCAUCCCCUUGGGCUUAGGCAGGACCAUGGGACUAGUUCUAGCCAAUGAUGUGAGAUGAAUUGUUGAAUAUCAAUUUCAGGCCCUUAUUUAAUUGCCAGUGCAAGCGGAGUUACUUUCCUUCCACCACAAUGAGCAGAAUAUGUCAGGAGAUAGCUGCUUAUCGGUGUUAAGCCCUGUAGUGAGGGC